UAUCUCAGUUUGGGCCUACCACGCCUGGCAACGACUUUAUGGGCUGGGUCGUCCGGUAUCAUUCUCAUGCCAUGACCAGCCCACCGAAGCGUGGUGUGUCUGAUUCACUGCACGAAUUCCUGAGCCAGCAAAGUUAUAUAAAAAAGAGAGCUGAAAGGUUUGGACCAGAGAAUGGGAAGCGGUCCUUUAUACCGAUGGAUCCCGGUUACCCGAACACACAGCAGAAGGAGGAGGUACCCAUGCCAAGAAACGAGAAGUUUCAGAGCCUGGUGGGCGCUCUUUAGUACGUUGCGGUAAACACGAGACCAGAUCAGUGCAUCAGUUCUAGGCCAUAAUGCAACAGAAGCAGACUGGACCGAAGCAAAACAAACGCUACGUUAUCUUCAGUCCACCGCGGAUUGGAGUUUAAGAAUCGGUUCACCGGGGCAACUGGCAGUGUACGUAGAUGCAGAUUGGGCUUGUGAUAAGACAGAUCGAAAAUCGAACACCGGUUUCGUCGUUCUUCUCGGAGAACCACUCAGUUGGGCAGCACGAAAGCAACCAUGCGUCACACUUUCGUCAACUGAAGCGGAGUACGUGGCACUUUGCGAAGCCAGCCGUUAGUUGUUGUGGUUAUUGAAGAUGCUAAAGGAUAUCGAUGAACCUGUUCCGACCCCGAUAAAAAUACAUGAAGACAAUCAGAGCUGCAUAUCAAUGCUAAAAUGCUGCCGGUGAAAGUAAUAGGACGAAGCACAUCGAUACUCGGUUCAAUUUUGUAAAGGAGUUGGUGAACACUGGUGUAGUAGAUAUUCACUAUUGCUCCAGUGAAGACAUGGUUGCCGAUCGACUAACAAAACCAUUGGCACGCGUUAAGAUGGAGAAGAUGCGCCAACAAAUUGGAUUAGAAUCUGCCGAUUUUGAGGAGGGAACAUAGCAACCUCGGGAGUUAGGAAUCUAGUAGGCGUUGCUUGGCGUUAUGUAAGAUGAAUAAGUUAGUCAGUUGUUCUUUUCCACUCGUAAGAGAAAGUACCUUCCAACAAGAUCAUCGAAGAGGGUCACCUUAGUUUUGGAUUUGGAAGGCACUCUCUAGCCAGAGCUCUCUAGCGCCAGAUAGAAAAGACAGGCAAGCCCAUCUCUCUGGUGUAGGUGUUUGGUGGGAGCAAAGGAGCCCUGAGAGUUUCCAUCCACCGUCAUCUAGCAUGUGAUGUUGGCCAUUGCCAUUCUUACAACCCUAGUAAGCUUGGCCAGGAUUCCGGGAUUGUGGCAGCAGAUCAAGCCAAAUUCGCUUGUUUAAUACGGCUUCCUUGACCUUCUCCAAUUAAUCUACCUAACUAAAUCAAGACAACGUGUCGGACCGUGCAACUUAAGCCAUCAGAACCUUUUUGUAGUUCUCUUAUCGACUACUUUUCGUUCGUCGAUGUUUAUAUUACUUUACAUGAAUCAACGCUUUAAAAAAUCUUAUUGCAACAUUGUUACAAAAUCGAUCAUUUACACCAAGCUUGUUUUCCUGCCGUACAUAUGCAUGUUCUGGGACCAUCCGCAGGAAGCCUGAUGAGUGUGUCAAUAACAUCAAGCAACGUGUUUUUCCUACAAGUGCGAACGCGCUCUCCCUCAAAUGGAUCCAAUCAUGCUUCCUUCGUCACUCAGUGUGAAGAGAACCAUUCGCCAUGAAAGGACUUACAGUCUGGAUCAUUUUCCUACCGAACGCUUUCUGUGGACUGGCACCAAUUUUAAACGACGACCAUGUCCGGUACAAUCAUCUCCUUAGCCCCAUAGCCAGCCACUUCCAGCGUACCAAGCUUCCGGUAGUGUUUUGGUCAGAUACAUCGCUGCGGGAAGCAAAAAACUUCUCCCAUCUCGAUACGCUCAACGUGAUCCUGCGGACCCAUAGCCCCUGGAUGACUGCGGCCGUCCGUACCAGCACACAAUGCGUUCGGAAAAAUCGUUUGCAAAAUGUGUUCAUACUCCCAACGUACGAGGCGAUGAGAAAGCUCAUCCUGAACCUCGACUACGAUUGUUUCUAUCCUUCCGGGUUUUACAUAUUCACCGUCACGGAACAGCGUGUGAGCGAACGCGAUGUGAAAGAUGUGUUUAAAGCUGUUUGGAGCAAAAGAAUCCUGAAUGUUGUGUUCAUAGUACGAUCGCUAGAUGUCACCUACAGAGCGUACGGAUACGAACCGUACAAGCACGGGAAUUGUGGUAGUGUGCGGCUGAAACUGUUGGACAGGUAUGCGGACAGUCGAUGGCAACGGAUAGAGCGUUGGUUUAGCCAUUCCUUACCGAACUUCCACGGAUGUCCACUGAGGGCGGUAACGUUUGAAACGACCCCAUUUGUAAUGCUGAGAACCGACGCCUACGGUACCCACUUCUCUGGACUGGAGGUGCACAUCUUCGAAGCCAUAGCGGCGAAGCUUAACUUCACCGUCGAGUACGUUACACCGGCUGGCGGAAUGAAAUGGGGCGUACUGCUGCCGUUCAACAGCACCGGGCAGAUGGGCAUGUUGCAGCGCGCCGAGGCGGAUGUGGGAUUUGCCAGCGUUGGCCGAAGUAUCGAUCGGAACAUCUACCUGCGGUCCAGCAUACCGAGCAUUGUGACGCAGCUGUCCAUGACCAUACCGCCGAAGGUGCCGUACACAUCCUUGGAGAAGCUGUUUUUACCGUUCAGCUUGCCUGCCUGGUUGCUGGUCGCCGUCGGCUACGCGGCCAUCUACUGUCUGUAUGUGGCACUGUUCCGGGCAAAGCACCAUCCCUACACGGAACACAUUCCCGGCAUCUGCUACACGAUCUGGACCAUCCUGAUGGGGGGACCGGGGUAUCCGGCAAGGCGCCACAGCACCCGGCUGUACGUGAUCAGCCUGGUGCUGAAUGCGUUCGUCGUGCGCAACCUGUACCAGUCGGCAUUGUUCCAGUACCUGAAGUCGAACGACGUGAUGGCCGCCAACUUGCAUACCUACAGGGACAUCAAUGAGGCCGGACUAAGCUACUACAUGUUCCGGACGACGGUGAAGUACUACGAGGACAAUUCGGACGUACAGGGCAGGUAGUGUGGAGAAGGCUGAUCGCUUAACACGUGGCGUUGGAGGAAAAUGGCCCGCACUAACGAGCUCUCUUCCGCUCCCUUCCAAAAGGAUACGCGUCAUCUCGGACGAAAACACGGCCUGGUAUGAGGUGAUGUACAACAUAUCGCAGCACUGGCUGCCGGGUGUGAUUCCGCUACCGCUCGAGACCAUCUUUCACUACGUCAAGCAUUACGGCAACCGGGGCAUGGUGUACGUGAGCGAGCACACCAGCAUCAGUUUCUUCAUCGCGUUCCACUUCCCGAGGAUGUCCGCGCUGCAGCAACCGUUCGACUAUCUGCUGCACCAGCUGCAUGCCGGCGGGUUCAUCGUGAACUGGAUGAGCAUCUACCGGGACGAUCGGUACACCUGGAUGAGCUACGAGCAGGACGGCGUACCGACACCGCUCGAUCUGCACCAAGUGUCGGGUGGAUUCUACCUGUGGGCAUGCGGUACGGUCGCGGCGAUGGUGGUGUUUGCCGCCGAGCUGAUACUAUCGAAGGUCAAGCGCGUGUGACGGUGAAGCUCAUCAUACUAUGCAAACGCUCAUUACCGGUGCGCGAUAAGUGUAAACGCUUAAACAACCCAUUUCCCGUUCCAGAUUGGUGUUUGCUUAUGUACGCUUAGCUGACGCUGUCGAUAGUUUUUCCACAAUGAUUUCAUUUCCAUUCGGGCUUGUGGUACAGCUUUCCGACGUUAGGGUGAAAAAAGAUCCUUAAAGGAGGAUGUUUGCGUUUUUAAUGCUGCUGCUAUCCUCCGUGUCUCACGAUUACUACGGCGCUUGCAGUCUGCUGGCCGGCCCGGGGAUCGUAAAGCAGGCCGAGCACUUGCAGGAACCGUUGCGCAAGUUCUUCCGCCAUCCAACGUUUCCCAUAAACUUUCGCGUCCAGAGCAGUGAAAGUGUGGCGAUGUCCUCCUACGAAUUGUUUACCGUGAACGAACUCAUGCUGGAGAAUAAGGAUUGGCUUAUCGGUACGGUGAGCAGUAAUAGAGUGCCUACCAUCGUGGACACUUACGCGCCCUUCUACAAUGUCUUUCUGACCGACAACUACACAUCGAUGGGGGAAGUUCUGCAGAGCUUAAGCUGGCAGCACUAUGACCCAUCCGGGCGCUGUUUGCUCGUGAUAGACAGCUUCGUCCACGCGCAACAUUUGGUGCAAACUGUUGUCCAGCUCUGGAAGCUUAGGAUCGUGAAUGUUGUAGUAGUUGUUAGAGACAGCCAGGAGGAGGCAAGCUAUCGUGCCUUUAGCUAUCACCCGUUUCGGGCUGGAAAGUGCCAAGUGAUAGAGCCGUCACCGUUGGAUCGGUUCGAGGGAGGACGCUGGAAGAAGCUUAGCGCGUGGUACAGGACCACCAUGCCGAACUUCAACGGUUGCACACUGAAGGCAGGUACGGUG